AUGUCAAAAGGCCGCGUUUGUCUUGCCUAUUCUGGAGGUCUCGAUACCUCGACUAUCUUGAAAUGGCUCAUUCUCGAGGGCUAUGAGGUUGUGUGCUUCCUCGCGGAUGUUGGUCAGGUUGAGGACUUCGAUGCUGUCGAAAAGAAGGCCCUCGCUCUCGGUGCGGAGUGUAUGAUCAUUGAAAACCUCCAGAAGGAAUUCGUCGAGCAGAUCGUCUUCCGAGCAAUCCAGUGCAAUGCCAUCUAUGAGGACCGAUACCUCCUUGGAACUGCUCUGGCCCGACCUGUCAUCGCUCGCGCCCAGCCACGGCUGCACAGGCAAAGGCAACGAGUAUGGCACUUUUUAUCACGAAAAUUUUCCAUUCAUAAAUCACUGACAGAGCCCUUUAGUCAAGUUCGUUUCGAGCUCGCCUUCAAGGCCUGCAACCCUUCCAUCAAGGUCAUCGCCCCCUGGCGACUCCCCGAAUUCUGUGAAAAGUUCCAAGGUCGACAGGAUCUCCUUAAGUUCGCCGCCGAGAACAAUAUCCCCGUUUCAUCGACCCCUAAGGCUCCUUGGAGCCAGGACGAGAACCUCGUCCACUGCUCGUACGAGGCCGGUAUUCUCGAAGACCCCGAUCAUACUCCUCCUAGGGAUCUUUGGACUCAGACUGUCGAUCCUCUUGAGGCCCCCGACAAGCCUCUCGACUUCACUGUGUACUUCGAGAAGGGUCUCCCUGUCAAGGUUACUACCCCUGACCAAGAGGCCACCGACUCGGUAGAGUUGUUCAAGCUGCUCAACAAGAUCGGUCACGACCACGGCGUCGGCCGAAUUGACAUUGUCGAGAACCGAUGGAUUGGACUCAAGAGCCGAGGGUGCUACGACACCCCUGGUCUCACUAUCGCCCGCCUUGCUCACGUCGAUCUCGAGGGUCUUGUCCUUGACUCCAAGGUUCGCAAGCUUCGAGACCAAUUUGUGACUAUCGAGUGGUCCCAGUGCCUUUACAAUGGCAUGUAUUUCUCCCCUGAGCGUGAGUGGCUCGAUGAGGCAAUUGUUUCUGCUCAAAAGGGUGUCAACGGUCAAGUCCGCCUCCGCGCGUACAAGGGCAAUGUUUACGUCCUUGGACGAUCCAGCGAGACUAGCAGCCUCUACUCCCAGGAAGAUGCUUCAAUGGACAGUCUUGACACAUUUUCUCCCAUGGAUAGCACUGGCUUCAUUGCUAUCCAGUCUAUCCGAUUGGAGAAGUAUGGUGCUCAGAAGGCUAAAGACGGCCAACCCCUUAGCCAGUCUUAA